UCCGUUUAUAAACCGAAGACAGUCGUCAUCCAGUUGGCGCCUGGCUUCUUGGCCUCCAAGAAGCACGUCUCCUCUUCUCUUCUUUAGUACCGAGCGAAAAUAUGCGCGACAAGAUGAUGUGCGCCCUGCUCUGCCUCCAAAGGCAAACCUCGAUCUAUUCGAACACGAUCCCUCGAGUCGAUUUGGGAAAGGAGGACCAAAAGAAGGAACGCUUGAGCGGUGUUCAGCGGCUAGUAAGCCGCGAGUCAUCCGGUAAGGAUGUGAAGAUGGGAUCCAACGUAAGCCGACAUUCGUCCAAAGGUCUAUCGGGUCGCCGGACGCAAUCCAGUGGAAGCAUCUGCAAGCGUCGCGGCGCCAACUCCGAGGACGGUCAGCACUGCGGCAGCCUACCCAGCUAUUUGGAUGAGAGCUGCAACAACAACCACGACUACGAGAAGCUCCCAUUGAAUGAUGUUGAGAGGAUACCGCCUCUUGGCGAUGGUGCGCCUCUCCAUUGGAAGUUCAGCGAUAACCAGACAGUGCUCUGCGAUCAAGGCUAUGGAUCUGAGAGGUCACCCGAAGAGGAAUACCCGCCACCCUUGCCAGAACACGACAACCAAUGCCACCAUCACCUUGACAUACAUUCCUGUUACCCUUUUAUCACACCAG